ACACUCCCGUCAGUCGUCCACAUCUAGAGAGGAUUAAAGUGAGCAGACCUGGAGGAGGAUGCUACACAAACUCAGCGUCGGUGGACUCUGGACCUUCAUUUUGGAUUUAACAGCCAAAGUUUGACGUAAUUCUCCCCCGGAUAAUCAGGAAUAGGCUGGGGUGUCAUCACCAUGGAAAUAUUUCCCAAGGAAAAAUAAAGAUAUGCUCAACUUGGACUUGGAGGUGAACUGAGAAAGUUGGGGAAACAUUGAAAGCAAGUUGUGAGCAGGAGUUGACGGUUUUCCAGAUGUCUGUGCUGAUGCAGACAGCGGCUGUCUAAUGAAACACAUUCACACCCCAAAGAAAAAAAAGUAACACAUUUCUUUAUUUCUUGCAACUCUGUGGAUUUUGGGGAACAACUACAUGACUUUAACUUUAUCCUUCGCUCUCCCCUGGGAUUGUCCAGCCAGCACUCCCAUCAGAAUAACGGGGUCUAAACUCUGAAUGCUGGAAAUAACAAGUCGUCGACGUUUCUGGAUAUGGACGGACACCGAGGAGACGAAAUAAAGGAGCCGUUUUAUUAAAUUAAGACAGACGCUAUCAUGAAAAUGUGAUUUGGGUGAAGUCGUCGGAAACUCAUAAGGGAAGUCCCAAUGAGUGGCACACAGUCAACUCUCACUGACAGGACCCCAAACAUUCUCAACAAAGACCCCACAGACAAGAAACCCAAGAAUGAGAAAUCCUCCGUCUCCCUCAAACAUGAGUUUGACCCCACAGGUCUUGUCCAGCGGUGUGUGAUAAUCCAGAGGGAUGAGAAUGGCUUCGGGCUGACUGUAAGUGGAGACAACCCUGUGUUUGUGCAGCUGGUAAAAGAAGAUGGAGCUGCAAUGCGAGCUGGUGUUCAGACAGGAGACAGGAUCAUUAAGGUUAAUGGGACGUUGGUCACACAUUCAAACCACAUAGAGGUUGUGAAGCUGAUAAAAUCGGGCUCCUAUGUAGCCCUGACAGUGCUGGGGAGGCCUCCAGGGCUUCCUCACAUCUCCCUGGAGGAGGAUGACGAGGAGGAAAACAGCAAGGGGGAAGGGGCAGACCUCAGCCCACCCUCAUCUGUCUCAGCGCCCCACUCACCUGCUCUGCCAGGUGGGGAGCAGUGCAGCCUCCAGGAGCACAGCACCUCCUCUCUGCCUGAUGGGGAUGAGAACAAAACCACGCACAACCAGAAGGCCGACAUCCUGCAAAAGAUGCUAACUAAGGAGCAACAGGACCUACAGGCAAAGGAGGAGGAGUACAGCAGAAACCCUCGGCCUAAACUACUGAAGGAGGUCCAAGAGGCCAAGAAGCACAUUUUACAGCUGCAGGAGCAGCUCAGCAAAGCAGCAGCAGCACUACAGGAUGGAGCCACAGGGUCCAGGAAUGGUGAGGCUGAGGAGGGGGAUGGCAGGCCCACUCAGAAAGAACAGACCAUAUCCACACGUGGUGACAGUGCUAACGAUGGGCCUUUGACCAACAAUAACUCUGUGCACAGCAGCCCCCUUACAGAGGGUCCUGGCAAAAGAGAGACGCCCUGUCAGAGCCCGGACAUCAGCCGCAGAGACGGCCUCAACUUCUGCUCAUCGCCUGACACUGAGGACACCCCUGACACAGACUCCAUUGCUCAGUGCAUUGUGGGUAGCCCUCCCUACCUCCUCAACCCCCAGAUCAUCGGUGCAGAAGAUGACUACUUUGACUCUCAACAAGAGCAGAUUAAUGGACUGUGCAGCUGUUUCCAAAGUAUAGACUCGCUGAAGACUCGGCCAGCUCACCUUGCAGUCUUCCUCCAUCAUGUUGUCUCGCAGUUUGACCCUGCGCCUUUGCUCUGUUAUCUCUACGCUGACAUGCACAAGCAAACCAACUCCAAAGAGAGCCGACGCUUCUUCAUGGAAUUUCACACACUCUUUAUGGAUCGAACAGCGAAUCUUAAAGUACCAGUGCCAGAGGCAGUUGCAGCUGAAUUGGAGAAACGAAGGCUGGAGUUAAUCCCGGAGGAGCUCUGCAAACAGUACACCCAGGCGUUACAGGACACACUCCUACCAGACCUUCACAAGAACCUGGAGGACUUCAGACAGAAGCGCAGCAUGGGUCUGACUCUGGCCGAAGACGAGCUGUCCAAGCUGGACUCAGAGGGAGGAAAAGACCAGCAGGCCCUGGAGAAGGAAUGCUCCUGUGCUGAACACAUCCUCUCCAAGAUAGAGGAUAUCCUGUUGACGUCACAGCCCACAGAAGAGGAGAAGUGCCAAACAAUGCAGUAUGUGAUUCUCACCUAUAUGAAGCACCUUGGGGUGAAAGCGAAGGAGCCUCGUGGACUCGAACAUAAACGAGCACGCAUCAACUUUCUGCCCAAGAUUAAGAAGAGUAUCAAGCCUGAGAAGGAGGGCGAGGAGAAGGUGAAAAAGCCUCGGUUCCCCAGCAUCCUCGGCCCACCUCGGCGUCUGAGCAGAGUGGACUCCACUUCAGUCGGUAAGGCCGUGGAGCUGAACAAGCAGCGCUCACCAAAGCAGCUCCCUCAGCCAGCCUUCGGCAUCCCUGAGCAGUCCGACCCCUCUGCCUCAAAUUCUGGGCGGAGCCGUGGAAAUCAGCUCAGUGAGGGAUCAGACGCUGGCACACAGUCUUUGCCCUCCACCACCACCUCCCCCACACUCAGCUCACCCAUUGGUCAGGCCUCAGAUACCAGUGGACACGACUCAGACUCCAAUAUGUCUCCAUUCUGCAUCCAACCCAGACUGGGCGAGGGUCUGCAGCCUGGCGACCACCAGGACGGCGUCUCCAGUCCAACUGGCACUCAGUUUGACUUCAGCCCCUCCAACCUGGAGCAAUUACAGGAGGAAGACCAGGAAAAUUUUAGUAGGAUGGAUGUGCAGUGUGCAGUGAGUUCAGCCGACAUCCAGAGUGAAGAUGACCAGGGAGGUGAGGUGGAGUGUGAAGAGAACCCUCUGAACUGGCAGAGUCUGGUCAGCCGAGGCGUCCUGGCGAGUUUAACCCCACAGGAGAUCAAACGGCAGGAAGUCAUCAAUGAGCUCUUUUACACUGAGCGCGCCCACCUGCGGAUGCUGAAGGUGAUGGACUGUGUUUUCUACCAGAGGUUGAACAGAGACGGUAUCCUCCCCCCAGAGGACAUUAAACACAUCUUUAUUAACCUGGAGGAAAUCAUUCAGCUGCAUGUUUCUGUAACAGAGCAAAUGACAGCAAUCAGGAAGAGGAGUGAGACAUCGGUGAUCGGUGAGAUCGCAGAUGACCUCCUGGCGUGGUUCAGCGGCGAGGAAGAGGAGAAGAUCAAAAGAGCAGUGGGAACUUUCUGUAGCAACCAGCCGUCUGCACUGGAGCUCAUCAAGAGCAAGAAGAAGAAAGACCAGCGGUUCACUUUAUUCAUGCAGGAAGCUGAGAGCAACCGUCUGUGUCGCAGGCUGCAGCUUAAAGACAUCAUUCCUGUGGAGAUGCAGAGAGUCACCAAGUAUCCACUCCUGCUGGAGAAUAUUGCCAAGUACACAGAAGAUGGCGAGGAGAGGGAAAAGGUGAAGAGGGCUGGAGAAUGUUGCAAAAAGAUCCUCAACCACGUCAACCAGGCUGUCAGAGAGGCUGAGAACAAACAGAGGCUGGAGGAUUAUCAGAGAAGGUUAGACCUGUCAUCACUCAAACAGAGUGAAAACCCCAUGAUCUUGGAGCUGAGGAAUCUGGACCUGACCAAGAGGAAGAUGGUGCACGAGGGACCUCUCUCCUGGAAAGUCAAUAAAGACAAGACAAUUGAGCUGUACACAAUCCUCCUGGAGGACAUCCUGGUGUUACUGCAGAAACAGGACGAGCGUCUGGUCCUCAAAUUCCACGGCAAGAAUCCGGCCAGUGCCACCGACACCAAACACAUCUUCAGCCCCAUCAUCAAACUCAACACUGUCCUGGUUCGUCCAGUGGCAACUGACAACAAGUCUUUCUUCGUGCUGUCCAUGUCUGAAAACGGAGCUCAGAUCUACGAGCUGAUGGCUCAGACGGUGUCCGAUCAGAGAGCGUGGCAGUGUCUGAUCACACAGUGUGCUGACGCCAUGAAGGCCAAACCUCACAACAGAGACAGACCUCCAGUUCAGUCUGAUGCUGAGCGAGACGCUAUUGAGAUCAUCAAAAGUGGGAUGCCCAAGGCGAGCAAAGAUCCUGACGGCACAUCAAGUGGAAGCAUCCAUUCUUCAGAUAAAGACGCCGCCUCUUCUCCAGACAUUCAAGUGCCACAGAGUAUCAACCCGUUUGAUGGGAUGAAAUCGGAGGAUGAGGAAGAGGAGCUGGUCGUGGCAGACCGACAGGAGGAAGACGAGGAUGAUGAAGAGGUGGAUGAAGCAGAAUUAGAGGCUUUCCUGGACGGGCAGCUGGCAGAUGGACUGCCCUUCCUACAGGAAGAGUCACGUCAGGGCAUCGCUAUUGAAAACCAAGAGCAUGAAGCGUUUGGGGUACCCUCCUCUAAAGGGGAAGAAGCUCUCAGGACGUUGGCGAUGCUGAAGCAGGCUCUUUUCAACCACAUGAUAAGCAGAGAGACCGAGGAGGAGAAAGAGGAGACACAGGAGAGCAAGCAGAGUGCCUCUGUGCCUGCGAGCCCCGAGGGGCCCCCUGAGAGCCGAGCGUCUGCAGGUUCACAGAAAGAAAACCCUCAGCUCCCGUCAGGACACACAGAGCUGUCUGAGACGCCUGAACGUAAUGGUGGGUUUGUGGUUCUGGAUUUUGGUGGAGAGGAGAGCAGCACUGAUGAUGAUGGAGGAGUCGGAGGUGAUGUGGGGAUCGACAUGAGCAAGCUACUGUCCUCCUCCUCGCAGGCAGGGGGCAGCAGUGGCCCCAACCUCAGCAGGCAGCUCAUGACCCACCUACGCCUCCUGCAGGCCGACCUGCAGUAUCUGAAGGAGGUGGAGAUGAAGUACAACGAGCUGCGACAGACAAACAGUGACAUGGCGACUGACUCUGACGACAACAACGACGGGAUUCAGUGAUGAAAAACUUCACUCUCUCUCGGUCCUGUGAGUUUUUAAUGCCACUCCAUGAUAACUUUCUUCCGGAUGAAUCUUUGACUGUUUAUCACUGGUGUUCCCCGACAAUGGAGGCUUAAUGUCAGAUCUCCCACUUCAGGCAUGAAUCAGUGGAGGACAUUAUCACCCACUAUAAACUCAAAAUCCCUCUGAGGAGAGACUCUGUGGAAUUACUCGAGGACAAUUCAGUCACUUUUUGCUAUAAUGAUAAGAAUAAUCAACUGCAUAAAUUAUCUUAAACACUGGAGAUAUGAAACAGAAAAAGGGGCAAAGUCGAGUGUGCGAAGUCUCACGGAUGUACAGCAGAGAUUAACAGACAUUAAGUAAUGGAAAGAGACAAUGAAGACUGCGACCAGAACAAUUCUCUGAGGAUCAUAAGGUAGACGGUCUUAUUCAGGUUCACUGCUGUAAGCUUGAUAUAGAAUUCUGCAAAAAGAAAUGAGAGACAGCCUCUCCUGUACAUAUUCAUCCCAGCACUCCGAAUGCUUCAAGGUAGACUUUCCUUUUUUUGUAACAGCACUGAAAAGCAACACUUAAAUUGUUUUUACAUUUGGCAACAUGCACAAAAAUCAUGUAAGAUACUGCAGCAUUCAUCCCUAGCAUCCCCAAAAGUAUCUUUGUGUUUUAUGUUGUUUGUCUUCAGCCUAGCUCAUAUAUUCCUCUAAAGUUCACGUUGUAUCUUAUUUGUUUUAUCUGUACACAAACAGAAAUGUAAAAAUUAAGUUUAUGGUUUCAAGAGGAUUUACUUGCUGGAACUAUUUCUUUUUGCCGAACAACAGCUGACUGUGUCCAGCUUUGUUGUCAAAAGAUACGUUUGGUGCCAUCAUAACUGCACAGUGGCCAAAACCUGUGCUCACCGACCGUAUAUGGCAACCCGUGCUAUAGCUGAAGCGACAGAUAGAUAGAUCCAGGCAGGGUUGGAAAUUUUUUUGUCCAUCUGCCACUGUGGCUGAUGGAUUCCAAAAUCUGCCAGCCACUUAAUAGAUUACCAUUGGGUUUUUGUUUUUUUUUGGCUGGGGAAUGAAAUAAAUCUAGCAACCUCUUGCAUAUUUUACCAGAAUCUGGCUCGUGGCUGGUGCUCAUUUCUAACCCUGGAUCCAGCAUGUAACUCCCACUACAGCCACAGAGUAAUUUAAAAUUUACAUUUCUGUUCUAGGGACACAUGCUGUGUCUUUAACCGCCUGGAAAACGCGAGAUUGGUUGUUGCUUGAGUCGGUUUUUGAGUGCGCCUUUUGCGUGUAUACAUUUUUAAAAAAUGGAUCCGAGGGUGCAAAAAAACACUGCAUGUGUACGAGACCUUAGAAGUGUUUGUAGGCUUGUUUUGUAACUUUAACGGAGCCAGGCUGUCUCCCACUUUUUCAGUCUUUGUGCUAAGCUAGACUAACCAUGUCCAGGAUCCAGCUCUGCACUUGACACAUAGACAUGUUAGUGAUAUUGAUCUUCUCACCUCACUCUUGCAAAGACCGCAAAUAAGCAUAUUUCUCCAAACUGUUCAUUUGUCAGGUAUUCCUGCAGUAGUUAUGAGGGGCUUGUGCACGUAAAGUUUUUUCCAGGUUGAUAAACUGAACACGUCAGAAUUUGCAAAGCUGAAGUCUGACUGUCUCAGUUUAUGUUUGUUCAACCAAACCGUCAGAAAAUAUGUUGGCAUUGGACACUUCUGAAAACCCUGGAUAUGUAACAUUUGCACACUAUUGUGUUGUGGAUACAGUACAGGCCAAAAGUUUGGACACACCUUCUCAUUCAAUGCGUUUUCUUUAUUUUCAUGACUAUUUACAUUGUAGAUUCUCACUGAAGGCAUCAAAACUAUGAAUGAACACAUG